AUGCAUACUGGAUUUCAAUCCCGUAGACCGAGGACUUUUUCCUCAAGCAGUCUUGAUCCUAAUGAAGAUCCAGUUACUGGUCUCGAGCGCGUUGCCUCAAUGUCGAAUGUUAGCGAAUUAUCUAGAAGAAGACGUCAAGAAGAGGAAGAGUAUUUGAACCGGAGACAAAGAAGAGUAUCGCAACCUGAUGAUGACCAUUCAACACUAUCGUCGAAAUUUGAAAGCUUAAAUUAUGAAAUUUGCGAAAACGAAAUUUAUCGAGAAGAGGAAAAAAAUCCAAAACACUCGUUGUCUCUUUUCACACAAGCUCGAAAUAGAUGGUUCGUAUGUUUCAUAGUAGGGGUUGCUACAGCCCUUGUAGCAUCUUCUAUCGAUAUUCUGAUUCAUUACAGUAAAGAAGUCAAGUUUGAUUUCAUUCUAAAGAACUUAAUGUCAAAGUGUGAUCAACAGUACGAGCCCACCGGUGAAGGAUGUAUGUGGAUGGUUCUUGCUGGAUGGAUAUCAUAUAAUUGUGUCCUAGUUUUAAUAGCGGCCAUGCUUGUUAUUUACGUAUCUCCUGUUGCUGCGGGUUCUGGUAUUCCACAAGUUAAGUGUUAUCUGAAUGGAGUUACCAUACCUGAUGUGGUGAAAUUUAAAACUCUGGUUGCUAAAUCAGUUGGAGUCGCCUGCUCCGUAGCUGGUGGAUUAUGCGCUGGAAAAGAAGGGCCUAUGAUCCAUUCUGGAGCAGUGGUGGGAUCUACUCUGUCUGAAGGCCAAUUUUUUGGUAUUUCCACAGGAUUUUUGAAAGAAUUCAAAAGUGACAGAAUUAAACGGGAUUUUGUAGCUGCUGGUGCAGCGGCUGGAGUAUCUGCAGCUUUUGGAGCCCCAAUCGGUGGAGUUCUCUUCGCUCUAGAAGAGGGUUCUAGUUUUUGGAAUCAAAACUUAACCUGGCGCUUAUUUUUCACUGCAAUGGUUUCUUCGUUCACUCUGAAUUGUGUUCUAAGCUGGUUCUUCGGUAAAAGUGGAUGGUUGUCAUGGUCCGGACUUGCCAACUUUGGAGUUUUUGAAAACAAAAACUACAAUAUCUGGGAAAUACCUUUCUUUUUGUUAAUCGGUAUUAUCGGAGGUCUUACAGGUGCUCUGUUCAAUCACCUGAACGGGAAAAUUUCAGUCUUCCGAAAAAAAUAUGUUGCUAACAAGUUUCAAAGAUUGCUUGAAUGCUUACUUGUAGCCGCAGUUUCGGCUUUUACCGGGUUUGUAACUCUAUUCCUGGUUGAUGACUGUAAGGCUGUUGGAGUGAACCCUAACGUUACAUCUAUAAAUCAGAUGUGGUGUAAAAAGGGGGAAUAUUCUGCUGUUGCCAACUUAUUCUUUGCCAACCCUGAAGAUAACGUGAAAAGUCUUUUCCAUAGCCCAAUCAAUUCUUAUCUCCCUUCCACACUUAUCAUUUUCUCCAUCCAAUAUUUCUUCCUAACUCUGUGGACGUUCGGAAUAUCAGUACCCUCUGGCGUAUUUAUACCCGCGCUAUUAACAGGUGCAGCGUGGGGAAGACUCUUCGGUAUCGGGGUUGGAAGAAUGUUUCCGAGCAUAACUGGUAUUGAUCCAGGGAAGUAUGCAUUAGUUGGUGCUGCAGCUCAACUUGGAGGCCUGGUACGAAUGACCAUAUCAUUGACAACUAUCAUGAUGGAAGCGACAAAGGACAUCACAUUUGGCUUGCCUAUCAUGUUAGUUCUCAUGACAACAAAAUGGGUUGGUGAUCUGUUCAAUGAGGGAUUGUAUGAUACUAUUAUAAAUUUACAAGAAAUUCCUCUUCUUGGUUGGAAUCCUCCCAAAAUGAGCAGAAAUAUACUUGCUGAGAAAGUUAUGCGAUCUGACGUCAUCGCUUUGGAGGAAAGAGAAAGAGUAAACCGUGUCCUCGAAAUUCUGAGAACAACUAGUCAUCAUGGAUUUCCCAUUGUUGAUAGAAUUGAUGAGUUCACCGAUUCUGAUGCGACAAACUUGCCUGAUUAUGGACAUCUCAAAGGCAUCAUUCUCAGAUCCGAUCUCAUUUCGCUAUUGAAAAACAAGGUCUACUAUGAUGAUCAAACUGAUCCAGAUGCAAGGACAGUCGAUUUAACGACAGACAAUGAUUUGAACUCUUUAGAAAUACCUGCGAGUGAUAUGGGAUGUUGGAUGUACUUCAAAAGAUACAUGCAUCCUCAUCCUCAUCGUGUGCCUUUAAAUGCUUCUCUUCCAUUCAUAUUCCGCCUCUUCAGAGGUCUUGGACUUCGUUAUAUCGUAGUCGUUAAUGAUGAGAACAGGCUUCGGGGUAUAAUUACUCGCAAGGAUGUUGCUCGCUUCAGAGAGAAAAGAGAGAAUAAAUCGUACCGCGUUGAGGAGCUUUUUAUUUCAGAGGAUACCCUUUGA